UCUUAUCAUUGGAGAGGAAGUAGGGCGCCGUCCGUGGCUUCCUCAUCCUAUAAAACCUCACCAGCCCACGCACAACGUACUGGCACCCAUUUCUUUCACUUAUUCGCCCGCUGUGAGAGAAUUCAGUGGCUGCGCCAAGCAUCUUCAUUCAGCAUCAAGAUGGCGUUGGUUCAUGCUAAUGCGACAUCAAUUGUUGGCAAGAAUGGCAAUCAUGUUUCUCAACCAAAGCUCCCUGGUACAGCAUUCUUGCCUGGAUUUGAUGUUGCUGGGCGUGUCUCCAGUACUUGGAAGAAAGAAUUUGUCCCAUUUUCCAUGGCCUUGGGCCCUAGAGCCACAUUGACAUUUGAUCCUCUAGCUACUAAUUCAGACAGAAGCAGACAAAAGAACACUGUUGACCCUGCUUCUCCAGAUUUUCUUACUCUUCCUUCAUUUGAACAAUGCUUUCCGAAAAGCACAAAAGAAUACAAGGAAGUGAUGCAUGAAGAAACUGGUCAUGUGCUCAAAGUUCCCUUUAGACGAGUUCACCUGUCUGGGGAUGAACCAUGCUUCGAUGCCUAUGAUACUAGUGGCCCUCAAAAUAUAAGCCCAAGGAUUGGACUCCCUAAGUUACGCAAAGACUGGGUUGACAGGCGGGAGAAAAUAGGUGCCCCAAGAUUCACUCAAAUGUAUUAUGCCAAGCAAGGAAUAAUUACUGAAGAGAUGCUAUUUUGUGCUGCCCGUGAGAAGCUCAACCCAGAGUUUGUGAGGUCAGAAGUUGCUCGUGGACGAGCUAUCAUCCCUUCCAACAGGAAGCACUUGGAACUUGAGCCCAUGAUAGUUGGGAGAAACUUUCUGGUGAAAGUAAAUGCAAAUAUUGGAAAUUCAGCUGUUGCAAGUUCUAUAGAAGAGGAAGUCUACAAGGUUCAGUGGGCAACUAUGUGGGGAGCUGAUACAGUCAUGGACCUCUCCACGGGUCGCCACAUUCAUGAAACUCGAGAGUGGAUCCUACGAAACUCUCCUGUACCAGUUGGGACAGUACCAAUUUAUCAAGCACUUGAAAAAGUGAAUGGAGUUGCUGAAAAUCUCAGCUGGGAAAUUUUCAGGGAUACCCUUAUUGAACAGGCUGAACAGGGUGUUGAUUACUUCACCAUCCAUGCAGGAGUGCUUCUGAGGUAUAUUCCAUUAACAGCAAAGCGCAUGACUGGAAUAGUCUCCCGAGGAGGAUCCAUUCAUGCAAAGUGGUGCUUAGCUUAUCACAAGGAGAAUUUUGCUUAUGAGCACUGGGAUGACAUCCUUGACAUCUGUAAUCAGUAUGAUGUGGCCUUAUCCAUUGGUGAUGGGCUACGACCUGGGUCCAUCUAUGAUGCAAAUGACACAGCUCAGUUUGCUGAACUCUUGACGCAGGGAGAGCUGACCCGUAGAGCAUGGGAGAAGGAUGUGCAGGUCAUGAAUGAAGGACCUGGACAUGUACCGAUGCACAAAAUUCCUGAAAACAUGCAGAAACAACUGGAAUGGUGCAAUGAAGCACCUUUUUACACUCUCGGUCCUUUAACAACUGAUAUAGCUCCUGGUUAUGAUCACAUCACCUCUGCAAUCGGUGCUGCCAAUAUCGGAGCACUUGGCACUGCUCUUCUAUGUUAUGUCACUCCAAAAGAACAUCUUGGGUUGCCAAAUCGGGAUGAUGUGAAGGUAGGAGUUAUAGCAUACAAGAUAUCUGCUCAUGCAGCUGAUUUAGCAAAAGGUCAUCCACAUGCUCAAGCCUGGGAUGAUGCUUUAAGCAAGGCUAGAUUUGAAUUCCGAUGGAUGGACCAGUUUGCGUUGUCAUUGGAUCCAAUGACUGCUCUGUCCUUCCAUGAUGAAACACUACCAUCAGAAGGUGCCAAGGUGGCCCAUUUCUGUUCCAUGUGCGGACCUAAAUUCUGCUCUAUGAAGAUAACAGAGGACGUGCGCAAGUAUGCUGAGAAACAUGGCUAUGGGGAUGUUGAGGAAGCUUUGAAGCAUGGGAUGGAUGCUAUGAGUGCUGAAUUUCUGGCCGCCAAGAAAACUGUCAGUGGGGAGCAACAUGGUGAAGCUGGCGGAGAAAUUUACCUGCCAGAAAGUUACAUAAAUUCCAAGGAGGGGGCAAUAUGAAUGGAGUGAAUGACCGACGAUUUGAGAUGGAACUUGGAGCUGGUUGCUUAAUAGGCGUAUCAGAAUGGUGAAGAAUAAUUUUCAAGUUCCUUGCUGCAGGAGAAUACAAAGUUCAGUUUGUUAGACAAUCUUUUAAAACUCUAUCCUUAUUCUGUUUGUCUGGUGUUCUAUGAUUUCCAUGAAUAAACCUAGCAUUUUCACUAGUUUCAUGUUUAGAUUUGUCUUCGUCUUUCGGGAAAUCUUAUUAACAUUCAAGAUGCACCAGGGGUGCCUUCAUCUGCUUGAGCUCCAGCUUGAAAGAGCUAGGAUGCUAGCAGAUGAGGCUGAGAUAGUCCCUUUGAACCUGAACAGGGUAAAGCCUGCGUAGGGAGCGUGCAUUGUUCUUUUUUUCUGCAUUUUUGUAUGCAUUUGCAGCAGUGCAGGGAAAUUUGCGUUAUAAUAUGGUUUGAGCUAGCUGAUUCCUGGGAAGCAGAUUCUGCAUGACGAUCACCGAGUUGCUCAACCAAACGUUUACACUACGAGAUCUGAACAUUGUCUCUUGGUACUUUUAAGUUGGUGAACUGCGAUUUGAAGGGUAAUUCUAUGGGGCCUUCUAUUUCUUGGAAGAUUUUUAUUAUUAGAUGCACGCAAUAGACGCAUCUAAUAAUGAGAAUGUUUAACCAUUUCAGAAGUAGAGUUCUCUAUAAAAUUAUCAAAAACUGCUGAUGCAUCCCAACAUUAACAAAUUUCAUAAGCACUGAAUUUUGUAAUUGAAAUCUGCCUCUGCCUGACAAGUUAAAAUAGUAUGAAACAUUAUCACUGGUGCCAUCUGCCUAUACUGUUGAAUCAUGAGAUUCUAAAGUAGUAUAUUGAGAAAUCCUUGUGCCUAAAUUAUAGUAUGCCCUACAGCAUGAUUUAUUAUUGAAAAGAAGAUUGAAAUCAUAUCUUGACCACCA